AUGCACCGCGCUGCCUCCAACCAGCGCUCGGUCUCCUCCUCCUCGGGCUCCUUCCAGCCGCCGCCGCCGCUGCCGCACGCCGCCGACCGGCAGCCGCUCUUCCCAGGCGGCUGCAGCAGCGGCGGCAGCCGGCGGGGCUCGGGGUCGAGCUCGGGCUCGGCCCUGGCCCGCCGCCCCCGCAGCAGCGGUAGCAGCACCGAGGAGGAGGAGGAGGAGGAGGAGGAGGAAGAGGACAGCAUCAGCAUCAGCAAGCCCCUGGGCUUCAAGGCGCUGUCCCUGGUGCUGCUGCUGGGGCAGGGCGCGCUGCUGGACCUCUACCUGAUCGCCGUCACCGACCUCUACUGGUGCAGCUGGAUCGCCACCGACCUGGUGCUGGCCGCCGGCUGGGGCAUCUUCUUCUGCCGCAACAGCCGGGCGCGUCGCCGGGAGCGGCCGCCGCCGCCGCCGCCCGGGCCGCCGCCGCCGCACCCGCUGCUGCUGCACGGGCCGCCCGGGGGCCGCGGCGCCGGGGGCCGCGGGGCUGGGGCCUCCCCGCGCGGCGGCGACUUCGCCUACGCGCACCUCGCCUGGCUCAUCUACUCCAUCGCCUUCACGCCCAAGGCGGCCCUGAUCCUGGGCACCUCCAUCCUGGAGCUGAUCGAGCUGCGCCUGCCCCUGGGCACCACCGGCUUCCGCAUCACCCUGGCGCUCUCGGCGCCGCUGCUCUACUGCCUGCUGCGGGCCAUCGGCACCGAGGGCGCCGGGCAGCUGCUGCUGCCGCCGCAGCCGCCGCCGCAGCACCGCGCCGCCGCCGCCUUCCUCGCCACCUGCCUCGACCUGCUGGACAGCUUCUCCCUGCUGGAGCUGGUGCUGCAGCCCGGGCGGCCGGCGCCGCUGCCCGCGCCGCUCCGCUACCUCCUCAUCGCCGUCUAUUUCCUCUGCCUGGCCUCGCCGGUGCUGUGGCUGUACGAGCUCAGCGCCGCCCGCGCCCCCGGCGCCGCCCGCCUCGCCCUGCACCUCCUGCUGCCCGCCGGGCUGCUGGACGCGCCGCUCCUGGCGCUGCGCUGCCUCCUGCUCCUGCGCUACCAGCAGCCCCUCUCCCUCUUCAUGCUGAAAAACCUCUUCUUCCUCGCCUGCCGCGGCCUGGAGGCCCUGGAGACCUGCUGCCUUCUGCGCCCCGCCGCCGUGCCCGCUGCCAAGUAUGGCGCGGCCCCCGUGCCCCCCACCGCCGCGCCGCUGCCCCAUGGCCUCUCUGACGCCGACGUGGGCCCCCACGGCUAUGUCAACGCGCUGGCGGUCACGGCGCAGGGCUGA